AUGUACUUUGAAACUGAGGCUAUGAAUGGCGAAUUUGUAAACUAUCUCGCUAAAGAAGCCGCUGUAUCGAGCGGCCUAGUCCAGAAUAAAAAUGGACAACUCUAUCUCGGAGUCGAUAGUUGGUCGACACUGGAUCCUAACGGCGUAGGACGUGCUAGUGUACGAAUCCGGAGCAAUAAAUACUACAAUUCUGGAACAUUGAUCAUCGGUGACUUUGCCCAUAUAACUUCCAACGUGUGCGGAAUUUGGCCUUCAUUCUGGAUGGUUGGCCCGCAGUGGCCGACGAAUGGUGAAAUUGACAUCCUCGAAGGCGUAAAUGAGGCGACACAAAAUCAAGUCACCAUUCAUACGACUCCAGGGUGUGUUCCAUAUGUGGACUCGGAGGGCCAAACCGGAGCUAUCAUCGCAAAUGCGGAUUGUGGUGCUGGAGGAGGCGAUGUUGGUUGUGGUGUCCUCAACACGAAAUCCACUGGAUGGGCUCCUGGGUUUAAUCAAGUGGGCGGAGGUAUUUAUGCCGCUCUUUGGACUGGGUCCGCUAUCAAGGUAUGGCAGUUUCCGCGAGGUCAGAUUCCUGGAGACAUUUCCAGGGGGGAACCAUGGCCCGAGAGCUGGGGCACUCCCGUCGCAAAUUGGGUUGGAUGUGACUUCUCACAGCUCAUGAACAACAUGCAGAUUGUAGGAUCUAUAGAACCUCGUGUGCUUCCCGGGCUAACAUUGAUAGAGAUUGUGAACACCGCCUUUUGUGGCAACUGGGCUGGGUUAGUGUGGAGUUCGGGUUCAUGUGCAUCAGCCGCAGCCACGUGCCAUGCAUUUGUUGCUGCUAACCCACAAGCAUAUUCAGACGCGUACUGGUUGAUCAACUCGAUCAAAGUCUAUCAAUAG